UUUGACCGUGAACCAGAACCGACACACGCCUACUGCGACGAUUCGCGAAUACGUCACUCUCAGUACGGUCAACAAAUUUCGUCAUGAACGCGUUUGCUUGGAUCAUCGCGCUGGCGCUGCUCGCACUGGCGCUGUAUCUGCUGUAUCGAUGGGGCACCGCCAACUACGAUUACUUCGAGCAGCGACGAGUUCCGUAUGUUUUGCCGUCUUCGACUUUUGGACGAAUGCUUACGGGAAAGCUCCAUCCCGUGGAUGCCGCCGGGGAAGGCUAUCGGGUGUAUCCGGAUGAGCGGUUUUCCGGGUUUUUCGUGUUCCGACAACCUGGUUACCUGAUCCACGAUCCGGAGCUGAUUAAGCAGAUCACGAUAAAGGAUUUUGACCACUUUGUGGAUCAUUCGUUUAACAUUUCACCCGAGUUGGAUCCAUUUCUGGGGAGGUCACUGUUCUUCGAGAGUGGUGCUAGUUGGAAGCACGGUCGGAUCGGGUUGAGCCCAGCGUUCACCGGAAGUAAGAUGCGGAACAUGUUCGAGCUAUUGACGAGUUACUGUGAGGGGGCGAUGCGAAGAUUGGCGGAAUCGGCUGAGGGGAGGAUCGAGAAGGAGGUUAAGGAUCUAUUUCAAAGAUUCGGCAACGACAUUAUGGCAUCAAUCUCGUUUGGCAUGGACAUCGAUUCGGUGCGCGAUCCCAACAAUGUUUUUCACCAGAAAGGUAAGCGCUUCACCGCCACAACUGGAAUACAAGGACUGAAGUUCUUCCUUGUGACCCUGGGAGGUGAAAAGCUACUAAAAUGGCUAGGAAUUCGUCUUACUCCACGCGAUGUAGCCGACUUCUACUUGGACGUAGUGUCCAGAACAAUCAAGUAUCGCGAGGAAAACAGUUUUGUCCGUCCGGACUUUAUCCAUCUAUUGCUGCAAGCUCGCAAGAAUAUCCUUCACCACGAUCAGCACGACGAGAAGCUGGACAGCGCUGGAUUCUCGACGGUUGAGGAACAUCUGAAAUCUACGUCGGAGGAUUCAAAACAGUGGACAGAUCUGGACAUUGCAGCGGCGGCAGCUUCCUUCUUCUUCGGAGGUAUCGAAACUACCACGACCAUGUUGUGCUUUGCAAUCUACGAGAUAUCCCUCAACCCGGACAUUCAGCACAAACUUCGCGAGGAGAUCGACGCAGUGCAGCAAGAACUUGGCGACGGCAGGCUAACCUACGAAGCUAUGCAGCGGAUGAAGUAUCUGGAUAUGGUGGUCACGGAAACGCUUCGCAAGUGGCCCCCGUUCGGCGUGCUGACCCGCAAAUGCAACAAACAGUACGUCAUGGAAAAUGGUGAUGGCACCAAAGUAACCAUCGAAAAAGGUGGGCACGUACAGUUCUCGGUGCACGCAAUUCAACGUGAUCCACAGUACUACCCUGAUCCGAUGCGCUUUGAUCCGGAGCGGUUCUCGGACGAGAAUCGACAUCUAAUCAACCAGGACACCUUCCUACCCUUCGGAAGUGGACCUCGCAACUGUAUCGGUUCGCGACUGGCACUGAUGCAGGCCAAGUGUCUCUUGUAUUACCUGUUUCGGUACUUUACGGUGGAGAUUUCGGAACGAACCGAUGUUCCACUCCGGCUGGACAACACGGCGCUCGGGCUGAGUGCGAAGAAUGGGUUUUGGUUCUACUUAAUUCCACGUGAGAUUUGAUUUAAAAUCAAACAAUGGUUACUUAAAAUUGUAUGCAUUAUAAACCAUAACAAAAUUUUCAACCGAACUCCAUCAUCAA